GAUCGGAUGAAUCUGUCAUCGACCUCCCUUUCCCGGUUUAGCUCUUGGUAGCGCUAGCGCUUGCGCUUGAUGACUCUAUGAUGCUAGCUCAAUUCUCCCGAGCGAGCCCCUCUACCAGGACGACGUAUCAUCACACCCGGUACGCCAACCGGGUCGGUGUUGCGGCUGUUCCGAUUCAACCCACCUUGACGCCGAAACAUAAACCCAAGCGUUCCUACCCGAGCGAUGUUAUCGAUCGCCUCUAUUUACAUACACGCUUGACGAAUUGCAGGGCGGACAAAUCAUGUCUCAAUCUCUCUUCAUCGCUCAGACAACCGACCCGGUAUUAGAUUUGCGUGACUUGAGUCUGUUAUCUCAACACACAUCACGUCCUCGAACCUCCCUCUCCGAGCAGCAAGAGUCAAUCGACAGUACCCAAGAUGUGCAAGCCACUACACUGUCGCGAAGUAGAAUGGUGAUUCUCAUCACGACCCUCACUGGCAUCACGUUCGUCGGAAGCAUGAGCAGCGGUCUUUCGACUAUCGGACUACCUGUGAUAGCAGCCGAUUUGAAACUACCAGAUAACCUAUUGAUGUGGCCGGUAUCGGUAUACCAUCUUGCAAACGGAUGCUGCCUGCUUCUGGCAGGGUCUAUGGCAGACCUUAUGGGCAACCGGAUGAUCAAUCUACUGGGCUGUCUUCUUCUCGCCUCUUUUAUUCUAGGAUGCGGGGUAGCAGAAUCUGGUAUCCAGCUGAUCCUAUUUCGGACCUUCCAAGGCAUAGCAACUUCAAUGUGUCUUCCCACAGCUUUUAGCAUCUUGACACAGACCUUACCAAUGGGCAAGCCAAGGAACAUCGGCUUCGCUUGCCUAGGUCUGGGACAGCCUCUGGGAUUUGCGGUCGGGCUUGUGUUUGGGGGUCUUUUCCAAGGAUCGUCGCUGGGUUGGAGAUUCGGUUUCUAUCUUUGCGCCGGCGUUACCGGGACUCUCAUGGUUAUCAAUUACUUCAAACUUCCACAUGAUGCCGCCCGCGAACCCAUCACCUUGCGCAGGCUCAGAGCAGAGAUCGACUGGAUUGGCAUAGUUCUUUCAAGCUCUUGCUUAGGAAUUAUCUCCUACGUGUUUGCUACUAUCUCUGACGAUCCAUCGAAUUUCCACAAGGCUCAGAAUAUCGCCCUGCCUUGCUGCGCGGGGGCCAUGAUCCCUGGCUUUUGGGUCUGGAUGGGCAGGCGCGAACGGGCGGGAAAGCCCGCUCUGAUCCCAAACUCUCUGUGGAAGAAUACGGCAUUCUCGUCCAUGUGUGUCAUUGUCCUUUUCUCCUGGGCGGUGCUGAACGGCGUGGAAACCAUUCUCAGUCUCUUCUUCCAGGAAGUUCAAGAGCUAUCGGGCUUUCAGUCCGCUCUCCGCUUCUUGCCAAAUGUCGUCAUUGGCGUUCUCCUAAACCUGGGAACAGGUCUCUUAGUUCAUCGUGUGCAUGCGAAUCACCUGGUGCUUGUAAGCUCGCUGCUCAGCGCCGGGUCUCCCUUGCUCAUGGCUAUCAUUGACCCUCAAUGGUCUUGGUGGUAUUGUGCUUUCUGGGCGGUUCUGCUCAGCCCCCUUUCAGCCGAUGUGAUCUUCACCAUCGCCAAUCUGAUAGUCGCGGAAGCUUUUACCCCCCAGACGCGCGGCCUGGCGGGUGCCGUCUUCAACACGAUCGCGGAGUUCGGAACCUCGCUGGGACUCACCAUCUUCGCCAUCAUCUCCGCGGGCGUCACCCGGGAUUCCUCGAUCGCAGACAAGCAGUCCCCCGAGGCACUCAUGGUUGGCUACCGCGCCGUCUUCUGGACGUGCUUUGGGCUUAUGCUGGGGGCUUGUGGUGUUGGAUUGUGGGGGUUGCGGAAUGUCGGUCGGAUCGGGUUGAAGAGGGAGUGAUCGCUAAAUCCCAGGGCUCUAAAAUUGCCAUGUCUUGGUUGUGACGGAGGCCCAGAGCUGACGGACGCUGGAACAUCGGUUGUCUUUCCUUAUCAGGAGAUAAGAAAAGAACGAAUAUCCAUGCUGAGCAUGGUGGUUGAAAUCUUGAAAGGCUUGCUUCUUUUUGCGGGCUAUGAGGAGGCAAUGGAAAAUGUAGCACAUGAAGGUACGUUAGAAGAGUCUGAAGAAUGUCAAAUACAAGGACAAAGGAGAUAAGUAAGGCG